CUGAGAGUACAAUUCAUCUCCUUACUCCAGUUCUGCCCCGAACGAUUCUUGGAGUCUGAGAAAUUGGAGCAGAAGGUUAUUCCUUUUGGUAUUGGUAAGCGAGCUUGUCCCGGUGAAUCACUCGCAAGAGCCGAAAUCUACCUGUUGUUGGGCAAUUUGCUUUCCAAGUACGAUUUCCAAGCCGUUGGUAAAAUCCCUCCUAUGGUCGCAUCUGACAGAAGUGGACUGUUCAAUAUCAACGAUAACUUCUCAUUGAAGUUCGUACCUUUGACAACUGGAAAGGAGUGA